AUGGCCUCUCGUCUCUCACAACUCCGAGCCCUAUUCAAAGAUGAGGCACUAAUUGGUGGCUCGGCAAUUCAGGCCUACCUCCUGCCAUCCACAGAUGCUCACCAAAGUGAAUACCUAGCUCCAUCAGAUUUCCGUGUUCGUUUCCUUUCGAAUUUCUCCGGUUCAAACGCUUACGUGAUCGUCACCGAAGAUAAAGCUUUACUCUGGACAGAUGGUCGUUAUUUUACUCAAGCCGAUAAACAACUAAGCAAAGAAUGGACUCUAAUGAAACAAGGUCUACCGGAAACGGUGACACCAGAGGAUUGGAUAACCGAGAACUUCAAUGCUGGGACAAGAAUCGGCUUCGAUCCAUCAUUGCAUCGCUUUGAGCAAGCGCAAUCGAUGCUAGAGAAAUUUCAACAAAACAAAAUCAUCGCUGUAGAGCUUCAAGAGAAUUUAGUGGAUUGUUUUUGGACUGAAAGACCGCCAGCUUCUGUAAAGAAAGUGAUAGCUUUGAGUCAAGAACAACACGGCAGAUCAACCUCGGAUAAAGUGCGAGAGAUUCGAGAGGUGUUGAGCAAGAAGAAAGCGAAAGCUGUGCUAUUCUCGGAGUUAGAUGAUAUAAUGUGGUUGAUGAAUAUUCGUGGAUUCGAUAUUCCAUUUAAUCCUCUAGCUUUCUCGAUUGUUUUUGUCACUGAGACGGAUUUGCAUCUCUUCAUCGAUCUCUCCAAAAUCGAUGACACCGUAGCGGCUCAUUUAAACCAAGAAAAUGUACAGUGCCAUCCAUAUCCCACAGCGAAUCAUUUCCUUCAAAAUUGGCACAACGAGAACCGAGCUAAGCCUGGCUACAAGAUUUUCAUUCCACAAUCCACGAAUUAUUCUCUAGGAUCGAUUUUCGAGAAGCAGAACAUUAUUGUAUCGAUUUCACCAAUACAAUUAAUGAAAGCUGUGAAGAAUCCGAUAGAAAUGCAAGGAAUGAGAGACUCGCAUGUCAGAGACUCUGCAGCACUCGUCGAAUUCUUGUGCUGGUUGGAGAAAGAAGUUGAAGCGGGAAAUGUUGUUGAUGAGAUCAUUGCCGCUGAGAAGAUAAACCACUUGCGAUCCGAGCAAUCGGGUUUCGUUGAUUUGAGCUUUGACACGAUUUCGGCUUCGGGUGAACACGCCGCUUUACCCCAUUAUAAACACGAUGACGAGACGGGGAAAGCGACGAUUUCAAAGAAUUCCGUUUAUCUCUUGGAUUCAGGUGGUCAAUAUCGUGACGGAACGACCGAUGUGACAAGAACGGUCGUGAUUGGAGAAGGAGAUAAAGAUUUCAUCGAACACAACACUUUGGUCUUGAUUGGUCAUAUUGAGAACGCGAUUGUGAGAUUUCCGAAAGGAAUUCUCGGCAUUCGUCUAGAUACCCUCACAAGGAAAGCACUUUGGGAAAGGGGAUUGGACUUUGGACAUGGAACAGGCCAUGGAGUUGGGCACUUCUUGAAUGUGCAUGAGGGACCGUGCGGGAUCAGCUACAGAACCUCAAACCCUGACGGAGGCCUGAAAGCGGGAAUGGUGUUGACGAUUGAGCCGGGCUAUUAUCUGCCCGGGAAAUACGGGACGAGAAUCGAGAAUUGCUAUGAAUUGGUCGACGACAGCGAACAUCCCGGCUUCUUGCUCUUCAAAGAGUUGACACUAGCUCCGAUCCAGAAAUCGAUUAUCAAAAAGGAUCUUCUCGAGAAGAAACACAUCGAUUGGUUGAAUGGAUAUCAUGAAAGAGUGCUGAAAAUCGUCGGAGAGUAUUUGCUGAAGAAUGGAAAGAAAUUUGAGUACGAAUGGCUGAAGAAACAGUGCUCACCGUUG